UAUGAAUAGUAGUCAUAGAAUGCAAUUUUUUGGAGGUGGUCAGUUAGUAAGGAAAAUCAACUUUUUUCUUCUUGUUGUUUUUAAUUCAGGAUUGUUUUAGCAAAAGAACAAAAAUCUCUGAAGUCUAGCUAUAAAUCCAUUUCCAUCAUAAAAAUAUUUACUACUGUUCAAAGCUAGCUUUUUCUCCAUCAUUUUAUCAUACAGUUACCGUUUAACUAGAGUUAUGUUGUGAAUCUACCACAAAACUUUGAAAGUUUGUGUGAGAUGUGAAAGAAAUUAAAAGCAUUCUGAAAAAGAGAGAGAGAGACAAAAUAUAUGUGGCAAACUAGAAUGUGAAGGACAAUUAUCAACUUAAAAGGAUCUUUGUGGGGAAAAAGUCAGCUCCAAAAUUAUUUUAUCAAUUAAAAUAUCAACAAAAUGAUGCCAAAUAUAACCAUCAUCAUGGAUUUCUUGCUUAUGGGAUUUUCUGAUCAGCGGGAGUUCCAGUUUUUGCACUUUGUGGUCUUCCUCCUGAUGUAUCUGGCCAUCCUGAUAGGAAAUCUUCUCCUCAUCAUUUUGGUAGUAGUGAACAACCAUCUUCAGAAACCAAUGUACUUCUUUCUGGUCAAUUUAGCAACUGUUGAUCUGGGAUCUACCUCUAUCACCAUUCCCAGAUCAAUGGCCAGUGCCCUCAUGAAUACAGGAAUGAUAUCCUAUUCUGAAUGUGCAGUGCAAAUGUUUUUCUUUGUUUUCUUCCUGUCUUCAGACCUUUUCCUUCUCACUGCUAUGGCUUAUGACAGAUAUGUGGCUAUCUGUCAUCCUUUACAUUAUGUGUCUGUGAUGAAAUGGGGAAGCUGCUUCCAGAUGGCAGGGGCUGCAUGGAUGCUCGGUUUUCUUAAUGCUGCCAUGCAUGCAGGAAUCCUUUUUUCGUUGCCUUUCUGUUCCAAAGUCAUCCAUCAGUUCUUCUGUGAAAUCCCACAUCUCAUGAAGAGUUCCUGCUUCGAUCCCAAAUUCAGUGAAAUCAGGGUUCUUCUCUUUAGUGCUUUGCUUGGUGUUGUUUCUUUUAUUUUAAUUGUCAUGUCCUAUGUAAAAAUCUUUAAGACCAUAUUGAGCAUGUCUUCAGUGGCCAGUAGACAAAAGGCCUUCUCUACUUGCAUCCCCCAUCUCCUUGUUGUCUGCUUAUUAACUGGUACAGCUUUAUUUUCUCAUUUCGUACCAAAUUCUGAGUCUUCUUACAAUUGGGAUGCAGUCCUUGCAGUGAUCUACUCUGUGAUCCCUCCAAUGAUGAACCCUGUAAUCUAUAGCAUGAGGAAUAAAGAUAUCAAAGAUGCUUUAUGGAAGUUGUUUAACCAAAGGAUUACAAAUCAAAAUACAAAACUCUGCUAAGAACAACUAAACCAGGCAUGUCAAACUCGUAACAUCAUGUGAUGUCGCGUGAAAUAUCGUGACUUUCCCCCCCAUUGCCAGCAAAGGGGUGGGCACGGUUUUGGUGGGACGCAUCUGGCCCGUGGGCUGGCAGUUUGACAUGCCUAAACUAAACAGUUUUUGCUUAAGAAUUCAAAAGUCCCAUAAAUUUUGUUAUUUUGAAGACUAAUAUCUUUAUGCCUUGUGAAUUACAAUUUACUUAUUUGGAUGCAUAGGAACAGUUCAGAAAAUCGCACAUACACUUAUAUUAAAUGAAUGAUUUUCUUUUAUGUGUCUCUGAAAGAACACAACUGGAGUAUUCUCAUAUUCAUAGUUAUUGUAAGAUGGAGGUGGUGGCCAAAGCAUUAUUUCAGCUUUGGCCAUUUGCAAUUUUAUUUGGAGUAGGAAGACCUGACAGGAUAAAUUAUUGAAAUAUGCUAUACAUUGGCAUAUCUUUGAACAGUACUUGAAAACUGCAGUUUAGAAUAGCACAGCACAGCACAGCACAGAACAGAACAGAAUAACAGAAUUGGAAGGCACCUUGGAUGUCUUCUAAUCCAAUCUCCUGCUUUGGCAGGACAUUUUGUACCAUUUCAUACAAAUGGCUGUCCAAUCUCUUCUUAAAAACUUCCACUGUUGGAGCACUCACAGCUUCUGGAGGAAAAGUUGUUCCACUGGUUAAUUAUUCUAACUGUCAGGAAGUUUCUUAUUAAUUCUAAGUAGCUUCUCUUUUAGAUUAGUUUCCAUCUAUUGCUUCUUAUCCUGCCUUCAGGUGAUUUGGAGAAUAGCUUGACUCCCUCUUCUUUGUGGCAACCCCUGAGAUAUUGGAACACUG